AUGGUGACGUGUGCUAGUUGUGGAUUGCAACAUACAGAUGGACCGGUGUGCAGUCUUUGUAAACAGCACUUUGAUUUUUCUUGCGCUGGGAUCACAGAAGGAGGAUACAGAAAGUUAGGAGACAGGAAGAACUCUUGGCGAUGCCCAAAAUGCAAGUCUGGCCUCUCCCCUUCACCAGUUUCACCUUCCCCUCUAACUGACCAGUUGGACAGGAUUCAAGCACAGCUGAACGAUGUUGUGCUGCAGUUGGCUCCUCUGGCAUCAUUGGUAGAAGACGUGAAAAUGAUUAAAUGUGAUUUGAAAGAUCUAAAAGAGUCACAUGAAUUGGUUCAAGAAGCCUUAAAUAAUUUUUCAGUGACACUCCAAGCCUUGGAAACAAGAGUUACUAAAGUUGAAAAUAUUGCUCGGGACGUACCCACCCUCCAGGCUGAGAUUGCUAAGCUUCAUCACGAAUUAGAAGAUAGAGAUCAAUGGGCACGAGCUAACAAUAUAGAAAUAAGAGGAAUCCCUCAGAAGAAAAACGAAAAUCUAUACGAAAUUGCCCACAAAAUUGGUGUCAUAUGCAACGCUCCUAUAAAAAAGGAAGAAAUCAAUUAUAUUGCGCGAAUCCCAACGCGAAUACCCAAUAUUGAGAAACCCAUAAUCAUCGCGUUUAACAACCGCUACACUAAGGAGGAGUUAGUUGCCUCGUCACGCCGUAAUAAGCAGCAUCUUAACUUGUCUGGCCUGGGUUUCAGUACUGCGGGAGAUUUCUAUAUUCACGAUCAUCUGACGCUACGAAACAAAAACCUACUCAGUAAAGCAAAAAAAUUGGCGAAGGAGAAGAAUUUCAAGUACAUCUGGGUCAAACACUGCAAAAUCAUGGCCAGGAAAUCGGACACAUCACCAAUAUUUUUUAUAAAAGGCGAGAAGGAUCUCUUGAAAAUUACUUAA